AACGGACAAGCAGUCUCCACUGAGCGAUCCAUCAAUCUGUUCCUCUGUCUGCUGGAAGUGAAAGAUCAGACUCUGUCCAGAGAGAUUCAGGAGUUUGUGAAAUCAGACAAACACUCAGAGAAGAAACUCUCUGCUGCUCACUGCUCAACAAUCGCCUACAUGCUUCAGAUGUCAGAGGAGCCGCUGGAUGAGCUGGACCUCAAGAAAUACAACACAUCAGAUGAGGGGAGAAGAAGACUGAUACCAGCUGUGAUCAACUGCAGAAAAGCUCUAUUGUCCAGCUGUAAUCUCACUAGUCAGUCAUGUGAAAUUGUGGCUUCAGCUCUACAAUCCUCAGACUCUGUCCUGAGAGAGCUGGAUCUGAGUAACAAUGACCUGCAGGAUUCAGGAGUGAAGCUGCUCUCUGAUGGACUGAAGAGUCCAAACUGUCAGCUGGAGAUACUGAGGUUGUCUGGCUGUAUGGUGACCGAGGAAGGCUGUGGUUAUUUGUCUUCAGCUCUGAGUUCAAACCCCUCACACCUGAGAGAGCUGGAUCUGAGCUACAAUCACCCAGGACCAUCAGGAGUCCAGCUGCUCAAACACAAACUGCAGGAUCCAGACUAUAAACUGCAGAUACUCAAUUUGGACGAUGGAGGACAUUUCAGGAUCGUUCCAGGACUGAAAAAAUAUACCUUUGAUCUCACACUGGAUCCGAACACGGCACACACUCGUCUCAUUGUCUUUGAAGGGAACAAAAAAACAACAUGUGUUAAAGAGCAUCAGCCGCAUCCUGAUCAUCCAGAGAGAUUUGAGCGCUUUGAGCAGGUUUUGUGUGUUGAGAGACUGACUGGACGCUGUUACUGGGAGGUUGAAUGGAGCGGCUGGAGUCAUGUAGCAGUGUCAUAUAAAGGAAUCAACAAGAAAGAAGGGAGUGACAGUCGGUUUGGUCUCAAUGAGAAUUCCUGGAAUCUUUACUGCUGUGAAACGAUUUAUUGUGCCUGGCACAAAAAUAAUAACAUUAACAUUCCUCCCUCGUCACCCCUGUCUAAUAGAGUAGGAGUGUAUGUGGACGUGUCGGCCGGCGCUCUGUCCUUCUACAGCGUCUCUGACACACACACACUCACACACUUACACACAUUCAACACCACAUUCACUGAACCCCUCUAUGCUGGAUUUGGACUUUAUAAUGAUUCCUCAGUGUCUCUGUGUCAGAUUUAACAUCAUAUUGCAUAAAAGCAACAGAGAAAUCACACACAGUGGAAUAUUCAAAAGGAAAAAUUAAUUAUUUACAUUUAUUAAUUUAGCAGAUAUGUUUAUCCAAAAUAACUGGAAGUUGCUUUUCCUAAAAGGCUCAAGAGACUAAAUGGAGAUCCUUACUUACAUUUCAUCUUAGUAUCAACAAAAAAUGAAUUUUUCCCUAAAUUCCUUAGGAGAAAUUAAAGUAGACACAAAUGGGACAUAAUAUAGGAGGAGAACAGGAGGAGAAACUCAUGCUGUCUGAGAUGCAGCUGUGCCAUAUGUAGCAAUGGAGGCAAAUGUCUCUAGAUGAGGAGAAAAAUCAGAGCACAGUGUGUGAUGUUGUAGAGGUCUUUUUUGUAACUUAAUAGGAGACAUGAGAGGGUGUUAAGGGUAUUUUGUUUUUCAGAAAACUUAGGU